GCGCGUGCGCGGGGCUUGAUCAUCGGCGCUUUGGGGAGCUUAGAGAUGGCGUCGGCUGGGGGAGCUUCGCCGCAGCUGGCGGCUUCAGAACAGCCGGCGGAGCUACCUGCCUCGGUGCGGGCGAACAUAGAGCGGAAGCGGCAGCGGGCGCUGAUGCUGCGCCAGGCCCGGCUGGCGGCCCGGCCCUACCCGGCGACGGCGGCUGCGGCUACCGGAGGCAUGGCUAAUGUGAAAGCAGCCCCAAAGAUCAUUGACACAGAAGGAGGCUUCAUUCUAGAAGAGGAAGAAGAGGAACAAUGUACAAUUGGAAAAGUUGUCCAUCAACCAGGACCUGUUAUGGAAUUUGAUUAUGCAGUAUGUGAAGAAUGUGGUAAAGAAUUUAUGGAUUCCUACCUCAUGAACCACUUUGAUUUGGCAACUUGUGACAACUGCAGAGAUGCCGAUGAUAAACACAAGCUCAUAACUAAAACAGAAGCCAAACAAGAAUACCUUCUGAAAGACUGUGAUUUAGAAAAAAGAGAACCAGCUCUUAAAUUUAUUGUGAAGAAGAACCCUCAUCAUUCACAGUGGGGUGAUAUGAAACUCUACCUAAAAUUACAGAUUGUGAAGAGGUCCCUUGAAGUUUGGGGUAGUCAGGAAGCAUUAGAAGAAGCAAAGGAAGUUCGACAAGAAAACCGAGAAAAAAUGAGACAGAAAAAGUUUGAUAAGAAAGUAAAAGAAUUACGGCGAGCGGUGAGAAGCAGUGUGUGGAAAAGGGAAACAGUUGCUCAUCAGCAUGAGUACGGACCCGAAGAAAGCCUAGAGGAGGAUGUGUACCGGAAGACUUGUACCGUGUGUGGUCAUGAGCUGACAUAUGAGAAAAUGUGACUAGUCAAGUGUAACAUUGCCACGGAUGAAUGGAACACUCAGUAAUCCUGCUUCAGGGAGAAAUCUGUACGCUACGGCUUAAAAGCAGGUUUCAGUCCAGCAGGUCUGGUUGUGGGCAAAAACCUGGGUCUGUGAUUACUUUUUUCUACAACAGGGAUGGGAGCCAAGGGGUGGAGUAGGUUCAGAAGUUAGGUUAGAGCCAAAAUUGGGAAAUAACAAGCCAAGCCAAACCCUAGAUUCUAAUAGGAGGAAGAGCUUUUAGUAAUGGCAGAAGCUGGCUGAACAGGAUCCUUCUCCAGGGAAGCGACAGGGACAAGAAUAGUGGUAGAUGUUGAAUCCGUGGCUGGCUGGGUCAUCUAGAACUUUUCUGUCUCCACAUGAGAGAGUCAGGAAGCUAUUAUUGGACAAGUCCUGAUUCCCAGCAGGAAGUGAGUUGUGGGAGGCUAAUCAUGUUUCCUGUAUCCUUCGGGGUUAUUUACCACCGUAGGCCUUAAUGUCCAUGUCUAGGUAGCCCUUUUCAAAUUUAGAUUCAAAUGGAAAAACAGCCAUAUUGUCUUAUUGAUCAAAGUAGCUACUGUUAGUAAGUUUAUCAUAACUUGCUAACAUUUUUACUGAGCAUUUACAUGGGCCGGGCAGGGGUGCCUAGUGGCUUACAGGCGUUCUCCUGUAAUCCUGGGAGGGAAGACCGCCUGUGUCUAUUUAGCACUUCUAGAGGAGGCGAUCGCCUGUGACCCACCAUCACCCCGGACGUCUGGAUCAAAUUUAGUUAGUUCUGCCCGUCUUAUCAAAAGGCUUACAAGGUAGUUAUAGCUAAUAAGAGGAUUUGAUCCGAAUGUGCCUAAUUAUAGGGUUUGUGCUUUGUUUUUUUCUUAGAAGAACAUUCAAGUUAAGAUCGCAUAUUUUCAAAUUGUUCUUUGAGCUGGCUUUUUUAGUCCUGUUGCUACAAACAGAAGAAAUAGCAUGUUUAUGUUUUCAUUUUCCUUUCUAGAUCAGAUCUUGCAGAUUAUGCUUGAAGAAAGGCAAGUCUGAACAGGUCCAACCCAAAUAGGCUCAAGACUGUAAUUAAUAAUUGUUCUCUAUACAAGUAUUCAAUGUAGAAAUGUUUAAUAUAUGUAAAUACAUUAAACUUUUAUAUUAGUCAAGUA